CUCUGCUCACAUUCAGACAUCGAGAUCGAAGCAACUCAACUUGGCUUUCUGAAGCUCCAGCCGGAAAACGACUCUCUGAAAAUGAAUGCUUUCACUCUUGCCAUUGCUGUGGCUGUCUUGGUGACAGUCAUUGGGGUCCAGGAGAGCUCUGCUGACCUGGUGAUUGAGGGAGCUGAACUGAUGGACGGAUUGACCAAUGGCAGCCCAGUUGCUGCUGGUGAAGACAACCCAGAGGACUCCUGGAAGAUGCCAUACAACUCACUCCAAAUGCGCCGCCGCCGCCGCUGCCGUUUCUGCUGCGGCUGCUGCCCCGGGAUGAGAGGCUGUGGCAUCUGCUGCAGAUUCUGAGAAGCCAGAAGAAAACUUCAACUACAUAAAAAAAAAAAACAAACAAACAAAAAAAAUCACUUCUCUACAUUUGCUUAUUUAUAUGUAGUUGAAUAUUGCAUUACUUUUUGAAGGAUGUGAGUGGAUUUCAUCUUUUCAUCCAUUUUGCUUGAGAAAACAUGCAGACAUGUCCUGCAAAAUAAAAAUCGCUGCAGACGGUGAUAAUUUGAGCAGAGGUGUGAUAUUUUUUUGUCAUAAUAAAUGUUGCCCCUCGAUA